CGCUGUGGUCGUGAGCGUUGCUGUGGUCGCGAUCUCCGCUCUCAUCUACGGCUACGUGGACGCCAUGCGGCAGGUGCGGGAGGCGCAGACCGCGUCGAGGGACCUCUGGCGCGAGGCCUGGGACGCCCGCAAGGAGACGUGGCAGGCCCAAGACGACACGAGGGCGGCGCAGGAGAAGGCCGAGCAGCUGGCGAAGAAGGUGGCGGAGGUGCAGGAGGAGGCAGUACAGGCGCAGGGCGAAGUGGAGAACCUGCAGGAGAAAGUGGUUCAAGCGCAGAAGGAGGCUCUGCAGACACGGAAGCAGUGGCGUCAGACGAAGGCGGAGGCGGCGCAGAUACUCCAGAAGGUUUCGCGAGCCAAGUUGGACCUCCAGAUGGCGGAGAGCGAGUGCGACCACGCGCACGAGGUGGUGGACGGUGUGCUCGCCGACCUCGGGAAGCUCAAGGAAAAGCUGGAGGAGGGCAAGCUAGAUCACUCCGCUGCCUCCUUGUCAAACGAGGCGUCGAUGGUGAUUACCCUUGGAUGGACGAAGUACCUGGUGCUCGCAGUUCCGAGUCUGCUUUACGUUUUGUGAGACGCGCCCAAAGCUUCGAACACCGACUCGAACCAAUGACACAGCGAAGUACAGUCUCUGUGUGACGAUGCAGAGCUACCAUCAUAUCAAUGCAGUUAUAUUGGGUAGAAUGUAGGAUAAUCUAAUUCCUCAGCGUUUCAGUGCGUCUGCAGGAUAUCUAGAUGUGAUAAGUACUUUCCCAUGUAAAUAAAGACAUUGCGUACCCUACAUAUGUUAAAUAUGAAUGCAGAAUAUUCUAUCGUAUAGGUGCUAUAUAUGAUAGAAUUGAUAUACAUAUAUGCAUAUGUAUAUUUACAGUUACACAUACAUUUCUAGGUUAACAAUAUAAUCAGAACUUGUAAAUAUACUUCAGCACAUACGUCCGUUAUCCGUCAAUGUUAAUGAAAGGUUGUAAGAACUUGUUGUUUUCUUUAUUUUUUAGAAUCUUUUUUUUAUUAUUAUUAUUGUAAACAACACAGCUUUAUUACAGAAAAUGUGAAAGUCUAGGAAAUAAUAAAGACUUUGACGAACACAAA